AAUUUAACCUGAUUAUUGCAAUUGCGUUCCAAAAUUUAUCAAAAUUCGAUUACGUAAUGUUUACUGUGCUUUAUAGCCAUUCUACAAUGUGCUCUUUGUUUCUUGUUUCUUACGGUUUGUCUCUGUCUGUCUUUUGCCUUUUGGUCAAAAAGGUAAGAGACAAAAAAUAAGAAACAGGAAACAAAAAGCACAUUGUAGAAUAAGCUUCAAACACGUGAGACAAUUAAAAGUACGGAAAACACAAAUGGAAAGGGAGAGAUAUAUCCAUAUUAAAGAGAAAGAAAAUAAUUUUAUUAUCUUAGAUAAGUGAAAAGAUACCCUCAAUUACUGAUCAAGAAACAAUUUAUGGCAAUAUUUAAACACAGUAUGGCAGAAGUGGCAGCAAAUUUGAAAUCUGUUUGCGACAAGAUAUCAUAUGCUGCCACGAAGAGAGCAUCGGAGUAUCAAUAUUAUGAACCGCGACUGGUAGCUGUUAGCAAAUUGCAAUCUACUGUCUCAAUAGUAUCUGCAUACGAGGCUGGUCAAAGAAAUUUCGGUGAAAAUUAUGUAAAUGAAUUAGUGGAGAAGGCCUUCAGUCCACUGAUUCUUGAAAAAUGCAAACAAAUUCGAUGGCACUUUAUAGGCAAUUUACAAAGGAAUAAAGUCAACAAAGUUAUAAGUAUACCAAAUUUAUAUAUCAUAGAAACUGUCGAUAGCGACAGACUUGCAAAUGCGCUCAAUAAUUCGUGGCCAAGAUUUCGAAAGAGCAAUGACAGCAAAUUAAAUGUCAUGGUACAAAUUAACACAAGUCAGGAAAAGGAAAAAAAUGGUUGCGACAUUGCACAGGUAUCAACCCUUGUAAAGCAUGUCGUAGAGAAUUGUUCUAAUUUGAAAUUUAUAGGUCUUAUGACAAUAGGAAUGUAUGGAUAUGAUAUUAAGAAUGGAGCCAAUCCUGAUUUUAUUUGUUUACUAAAGUGCAGAGAAAAGAUACAUGACGAAUUGGGAAUUGAUACAAAAGAUAUUGAAUUAUCAAUGGGAAUGUCCAAUGAUUAUGAACAUGCGAUUGAACUUGGCAGUACAAAUGUAAGAGUAGGAAGUGCCAUUUUUGGUGACAGACCACAAAAGAAUAAUUGAAAAGAUAUAAUAUAAUUGAUAUAUUAAAUCAAUUUUGUCUUGAGAAAAAAGGAUGUAUAUCGUGGAAUAGGGAUAUAUUUGUUUAUCUUGACAUCUCAGAUAUGUAUGUAUUAUGAAUAUUCUUUC